UUUUACUGGAUAUUGACUUUUUGUUUUAUGAAAGGAAUUUAGAUAAAAAUGGAUUAUGUGGAAAAUGCAACAGUCCCAGAUAUUUCCGAUGUUUCUUUUGAACGAAUCUUAAACGCCGAUCCGAGAGAGAAGAUAGAUAUAUUCUGUCCCGCCACUGAUAUAUCAAAAUAUGUGAUGUGCUUAGUCUUAGUUAUAUUAAUGUGUGACGUUUUCACGAUUGUGUCAAUCAUAUCAACAAAACGUAUCCCGUUUGCUCCUAAACUUUUGAUAAGUAUCACAUUGAUUUGCAAUUCAUUGUUUCUUGUCAUAUGUAUGAUAGCACAUGGAGCUGGAUUUACUAAGCCAAUUAGUUGGGCAAUUUUAACUGAACUUGUACGGAUUGUGACAGUAGUGUCUUGGACAUCAGUGACCAUUUUGUCGCUUGAACGUGUCAUGUGCCUAUAUCACCCUAACCUAUAUACAAGAAUAGCAAAUAAACGAACUAUUACAAAGGUAGUUAUCGUGGGUAUAUGUUUGACACUUUGCAUCAAGUUAUCCGUGCGUUAUUUACUUAUUCCUCUUAUAAUGGACGACGAAUUCAAUUUCAUACAAGCAACUAAAAACAGUGAGUUAAUUAUCUGUUUUCUUGGUGCCUGCUUAUUUAUCAACACUGUAUGUUACAUCGCCAUCUUUCGUGUAGUAAAGAAACUGAUGAAAGUAAUAGAAAGCUUGCACAUAACCGGAAGCCAAUCUACUGACAAACAUUUUGUUUCAACAAGAAAUAUCACGUGCAUUAUCGUGGUAUUUCAGUUAGUGCACAAUCCUCUAUUUAUCUCAGUUUGUGUUAAUGCCUUCACAGAAAACAAUUCAGGGAACACAAGAAUAUCAGCACUUUUCAUGCUUAUAAUGUGCACUGUGAACCCAGUACUGUACGCCUGGAGGUUAAAAGAAUGCAGAUAUGUAAUGUUCAGAUUUGUUGGUAAAGCCUUUAAUAUUUUUGAUAAAAAAAUUGAAGUAAUGCGUAUUGAAGUGUAUGACAUAACUGUACAAAAUGUAUAAAUGAAAUGAACAAAUAUAAUAAGAUUCAAGGUAUAUACAUACAUACAUACAUAAAUAAGCAUAAAUACAUACACGUUGUUCUUUUACUGGAUAGCUUGCAGGUCUAGUCCAUCGGCUGCCACUUUCAAUGAAAAGUCUAUGUGAUGAUAAGCUUAAACAUAAUGAACAAACACAGAAUUAUCUAAAGUCUAUAAAAUAAACAUACUGUUGAAAAUGUUAGUAUAAUAGCUCUACUGGAAUUAUUUUGUCUAUUUGACCAGUUUUAUAAAAACUGACCCUUUAAUCUUUGUUUCAUAUUAUACAAAAAUAGUUCAGAGUCUCCAAGUGUCUGAAAUUACCACACUUCAUAAAAACCAAUAGUACAUAAUAAAUCUUUCAAUAAUAAACACCAAGUUAUUCUGUUUGGAUUUUCAAUUAUAUCUUGUUUCAACAUUAAGUACACCUUAAUAUAUUUGUUUUCAUUUGUAGCCAACAAUUUUAUCCAAAAUUCUAAAAUGUUAUGAUGUCUCAUAUUUUAAGGCAUUCUUCCUAAUUCACCAUAAAUAAAGUCGUUUUGUGUGUUUUUCUUUACUCCUUAUAGUCUUUUGCAUAAUUUCAUAUGUAAGCAUUGUACGGCCUUGCCGUGAGUAAACCCCAUACUUUAUUGAGAAACUCCGAAAACUGUCCAUUACUUGAGAGAAUGGAUAGAUCGAGGCGCUGUGGACAGUUUAAGGAGUUUCUCUGAAGUUAUGGGUUUUAGUAAGCCAGUCAAUAGAAAGAACACAUUUGUAGUUUUGUAAAAAAGUUUUAGUUGUUAACAAACCGAAACGACACGAACUUGGAAGAAUAUCUUUUCAGUGUAGACACCUGUUUAAUAUCAUUAAACACUGGAUAAAAAAUCUAAGAAGUAACGAAAAUAGUUACAUGUAUAAGAUAUAUCAAUUGACUAAGAAUGAUUUCGAAAAUAAUCCAUUCAGAGUUAAUUGGUUUUCACGAUUGAAAAUGUAUUAUGUGUUUUAGGCUUUUAUGAAGUUUGGUAACAGCACACUGUGGAAAAUGCAGAGAUAUUUCUAGAAUUAGUAAAGCAAAGAUUGAAAGAUAAUUUUGUUCAAAGCUGGCAUGAUAGGAUACAAAGUUCACCACGAGCAUUAUUUUAUAAAAAAAUAUAGCAGUUUUCAAGUUUCAAAAAUAUCUAGGUCACAUAACAUUUAAUAAAUUUUGUUUUUCAUUAAUAAGAUUAUGAGUGUCUUCUCACAGAUUGCAAAUAGAGGCAGAUAGAUGGGCUAGGGGGGAA